AUGGCAUCGCAAACAGAGCCCUCACCUGAGCUCAAGCAGGAAAACUUUGAGCAGUCCGUCGCUCUGACCUUGCAUCUCUGGCCGGCUCUUACUCUCGCCGUACAGAACAACUGGUCAGACAAUUCUGGCGAGGAUGUCCGAGAUUGGUUUGCCGGUGCUUUGGUCGAGCUCUUCCCUUCGUUUGUCGAUAUUGCCAAUUUCUCAGCCAAGCUGGCACAAAACAAGGGCCUGAAGCGCCCCGAGAGUCUCGAGGAGCCGUACCUGGAGGAUGUCGAGACGAGACUAUUGCAGAUCAUGGCCGACGAGUUCAACGUCGAUGUCGACGACGAUUCGAGUUUCGAGAUUGCGGAACAGAUUGUCCAACUCAGAACGCAGUGCACCAAGGGACAAUUUGACGAGGUCGACAAGUUGAGAGAAAAGUGGUCAAGUGGCAAGGGAAAGAAGGUUGUCAUGAAACAAGCACCUGACCAGGACCAAGAUACAGAUUGGGAGGAUGAGGACGAUGAUGAGGACGACGACGACGGAGAUGUUGACAUGGACGAUGCACCAGCACUGGUCGCCGCACCCAAGGAGAAACCACAGCCCGAAGUCGAUGAAGACGGCUUUACGACAGUCACUCGCAAGAAGAGGUGA